AUGAAAUUUUCACACAAGCACAGAUACACACUCACGUUGCAGAGUUCCACAAACAGCACACCCACCAUGUUUGGCCGUCUUUUCACCCGGCAAUUGUCGUACCAGCAGCGCCGAAUCCCCCGCUCGGCGAUUCUGCAGGGUCCCGUGACUCUGGACGUUUUGGCCAAGGACUCGACCCGUCCUUAUGGUCUGUCCGAAUCCAAAAAGGAGAUUGAUGCUCUGAAAUCGUCCCUGUCGGACUCCGUCAGCGGCCUGGAGGACUCUCUGCUGCUCCAGGUGCUCACACACAAGUCCUUUGCUGGCGGACUGCCCUCUCACAACGAAAAACUGGCGUUUGUGGGCCGAAAGUUUUUCCCAGUCUCGGUUCUCUCUCACAACCUGUCCAAGGAGGCCUCAAGCGACCCCGUCAAGGCUCUGGAGUCGCUCAACUUUGAUCUGUCUGGGUUUGCCGCAAAAAACGGCCUCGAAAAACUCGUCUACUGGAACACCAAGGGAGUCACGAACGCCACUCCUUCAUCAAAGAUCACCAGCGGAUCCGUCUACGCCCUGGUGGGCGCUAUUCUCCUCAAGAAGGGCGAGAAGGCCGCCCAUGAGUUCGCCCAGAAGGUGGUCCAGCAGAAUUAA